CACCGGCAGAAUUUGUGGGAAGAUGCCUAAGCGGAAGUCUCAGCCCAAGAAAAAUGCAGCUGACUCACAAGUCCAGUUACUGUGGAAUAAAACAGUUGUUUAUGGCCCAGAUCCAUUCAGAGGAGCUGGCACUUCACAGGCACGGAGGGAACAGCUUGUUAACAGUGGCAUUAGUGAUACCGAUGACUCUUCUGGUGAAGAAGGCAGUAAUGAGCAUGAUAGUGACUCGGAAUUGUCUAUUGUUGAAGAGAGAGAAAGUAGGGCUCAGAGAUCCAGUCGAGAUAACAACUCGACUGAUUCAGACAUUGUGAUAAUUGAUGAAAUUAACUCUUCCAGUAAUGCCGAACUUGAUGUGACAGUUAUUGAGGAUGAAUCGGGUCGAACUCCUCCACCAGGUCGAACUCCUCCAGAACUGAUUGUCAUAGACGACUAUCCAUCUCAUAAGAGAAGAAGAGUGAGUGAAAAGACACGUUUCUCCAAGGGUCCCUUUUCAGUUCUGAAUGAGUAUGCAUCUGACUGUUCUUUUUAUUUAACAUUAAAAACUGAGCCACCCACAGAAGAAGCGUUCAUAGGUAGUGUUGUGAUUGAAGGAGUUACAUUUGAAAAAGUGGAGAAGGCUUCUUUCAUAAGACUGUAUAUAAGUGAAUUUCCUGGUAGAAGCUUUUUGUAUAUUAAAAAUAAGGUUUCAGAAGAUUAUUGCAUAAUUACUCAAAUUUUGGAUGUCACUCUUUUUUCAGGUCUGAGGAGCCGAGUAUUUCAUCUUGUAGCAGAGUGUGCUCCAGAACAUAAGCACAUGCUUGUACGUGUGUUCAUGAACACAAAUGCACCAUCUAGCUCCAAAGUAGAAUUACGCAAUAGAAAUUCUGUUCUUCAGUAUUUUUAUGGUGUUGAGCAUCCAGUGUACGAAGAUGUGGAAACUGAAGCAAAUGAUCCACAAAUACUUUUCAACGCUAUUAAGAAAUAUCACCAGGCUGCAGGCUCUGUCACUAGUUCGGUCGAUGUUCAGCACCCGUCGUUAGUGCCACAACUUCGUUCUUACCAACAGGAUGCCGUGAAAUGGAUGUUAGCUAGAGAAAACCAACAACAAGUAGAAGAUGAUCUGCAUUGUUUGUACACAGAAAUUAAGAACUCGAUUGGAGAAGAAUUAUUUUAUAACAGAUUUAGUGGUGAAAUAAGAAAGGAAAAACCUUUGGCAGAUGUUCUUCCUACAGGGGGCAUACUGGCUGAUGAAAUGGGGUUAGGAAAGACAGUUGAAGUCCUCGCCUGUAUUCUUGCAAAUGUGCGGCCUUUGGAAGACAUAAAACUCGAAACUGAUUUCAAGGCUACAGUUGAACCGAUUGAAAACACUGAAACCAUCAUAAGCACUAGUUCUGGUGGUCCCCAGUCUCCACAGCUAACUGUGGACUGUGUCCAAGAGACCGUCGAAAUUGUGACAGAAAAAACAGAAACUAUUGAAGUUCCCACAAAGACUGAGAUUAAGUCUGAGGUGCCUACAGAUAGCACGUAUGAGCUCAGUGGAAAAGUGAAGCAAGAAUCAAGCUAUGAAAUGGAUGUUGAAGUAGAUAUUAAACUUCAGGCAGAAAUUUUCAGUAAGCAUGAGGGCAAAGUAAGGAAAAGGAAAGAAAACUCUAGAAAGUCUAAAGCGCAGACUAAAAAAACAUACAGAGAUAAAAACACACAGAAUGAAUCACGUGACAGUGGUACAGUGGAAGACCACAUUUGGGAGACAAUUGAACAUGUUAUCUCAUUCUACUGUCAUGGCACUGACAGAAAACUUCGAAAACCUAGGCCAAAGAAUCUCUUAAGGUUAUCUCUGCAAAGACUCUAUGAACAGAAACUGGCAGAAAUGACUAGACGUCCACAGUUUGUGCCUCUGGCACGGCUCACUGUUCAGUGUGUAUGCGGUGCAGAAUCACCGAACAAGGCAAAGGUGUGCUGCUCACGUUGUGGACAGUGGCAGCAUAUGAAAUGCGUUGGUCUGUCUGCAAAGGAGAAGGGUCUCUACCAUUGUCCACAGUGCUGGCAGUUAAAGGAACCACUUAAAUCAGGAGCUACAUUGAUUGUAGCACCAGCCUCUAUUAGCUGCCAGUGGGUUGAAGAAGUUGGUAAACACAUCAGUGACAAAAGUUUCAGUGUUCUGGUUUACAGAGGAGUUACCAAGGGAUUUGUCCAGCCAUACAUUUUAGCCCGGAGUAAAGUUGUUCUGACAACGUAUGAAACUUUGAGGCGUGAACUUGUCUAUGUGGAAAUGAAUAAUGACUCAGCCAGAUUGCGGCAUGCCAAGCGGUUUUAUGCUCCGCCAUCUCCUCUCACAUGCAUUGAAUGGUGGAGAAUAUGUUUGGAUGAAGCCCAGAUGGUGGAAUCUCACUCGAGUAAGACUGCAGAAACAGCACGCCAUCUUUUGGCCGUUCAUCGAUGGGCAAUAACGGGAACCCCUAUACAGAAGUCAGUGCAAGACUUGUUUGGUCUUCUGCAGUUUUUGGAAGUUGAGCCAUUUACUGUUCUAUCAAAUUGGAUGUAUGCUUUGUACAAGCCAUAUUGUCUUGGUGACUAUGAACCACUUCAUAAACUGAUGUGUAAAAUAAUGUGGCGCACUAUGAAAUGGGAUGUAUUGACUCAGCUUGGUGUGCCAGAGCAGACAGAAAAGAUUCAUUGGCUACACUUCGCACCCAUUGAAGAGCAUUUCUAUAGAAUACAGCACAUUCUCUGUUCACAUCAGUUCCUGAAUAAAGUUCAUCAAUUUGCAGACAAAAACAUCAAGCUAAAAGACAUUGACAGGCACAGGUUGUUCAGGUUAUUAUCACCUCUUCUUUCACUUAGAAAAGCUUGUACACAUCACCUAGUUGUGAAAGAUUUUGCACCAGACAAGAAAACAAUGUCCCUGGAAGAAUUACAGACAGCACUAAUUAAAAAGACGAAGAAUGAAUGUGAAGAAUUUCUUCGUCAGUAUAUUGCUGCAUUAAAUGGCCUGGCUGCCAUAUUCAUAAUUUGUAAUACAUGGCUGAAAGCUGUUGAUGUCUAUGAGCGCGUUCUGAAGUUGAAUGAUGAAUUUAAGGGAAAGCUGAAUGUUGAUUCUCUUCAGAUGAUCCACACAUUACAUAACUUCGCAGAAAUUUUGGAACAGCAUCAGCAUGUUAGCUCUCUCAAUCUGACAUGUGAAGAUUUACGUGCUCAGUGCAAGACUGUUGAAGAGGAAUACAUAAGUAAAAGAGACUCUCAGGGUGAGGCAGCUUAUGAACAGCUUGAUUCACUGUCUAAAGACGUGGAGGAAUGUGCCAAGGAUUUAUCAAUGGCCAGGGGCGAAUGGUGGGAAGUUCUUAUACAAUACGUUAUUGUAGAAGGGCAUGAAGAUGAGUUUGUUAGUCGUGUGAGGAAUGAUCUUGUUGAUAAAAUGACCAAAUUUGAAGCAAAAUCAGUGCUGGAAAGGCUGAAGACAUUAAAAAGCAUUGAAUAUCAACUGUGCAGAUGGGAUGAAGAACUAAAUGAUCUUAGGAAGAAUUGUCUUAAGAGGUUAGAAUCACUGAAAGUAUCUCCAGUACCAAAACUGGUGAAUGAAAGUGUUGAAUGUCAUUUACGCAGUUAUUCAGCCAACAAGAAGAAGUGUUCUCUUUGUGUUUGUGAAAAUCUUAUAAAAACAUAUGAGACUAAAUUAUUUGCUGUCCAUACAAAAGAUGAAAGACACUCAUUGGUUGGACAAUGCCUUGUUCUUGGCAAGGCAGUACAAACUUCAUGGCAGUGGUCUCAAAUGGAGCAAGUAUUGAGAUCUAUACUGACACACAUUCGAGCAGACAGAUUUAAUGUUCCAGAGAAGAAGUCAUUGUUCAAAGAAGCAAACAAGCAUCUAAAACUGUUAGAUGCUAUGAAGAAAGAAUUCAGACAACUGAGAGUAGCAUGGAUGCGUUUAUUUGAUAUUGUCGCUGUGCAAGAUGAAACUAACAUGGCGAGGCUGCGGCUGAGAGUGCGUUAUCCUGCAGAGCCCCUACCAGCCCCUCAGAAGCGAAAUCUGGUCGGGCAGCUGAGCUCUAACAUUGUUAACAAAGUAGAAACAAUUCACAUCAUUGAAGAGUACGAGGUGCAGUCACAUGCUGUCCGCCUAGAGGCAGAUCGUGCAAUAGCUUCAGCCGGGCUUCGAAAGAAAUUUGGAAUGCUUCAGUAUUUGGAAAAUCUUAACAAAGAUCCUGACCCGUGUCCUAUUUGCCACUGCAAGCUUGAGAAAAAGUGGAGUGUACUUCUCUGUGGCCAUUACUAUUGCAUGGACUGUAUACAAACGAUGUUGAAGAUCAGCGUAACCUCUGUCACGACAACAGUAAAAUGUGCCGUUUGCAGAGAAACAACACGGUGCAUUGAUAUUUCCUUUGUUAAUCUGGAAACUGAGGACAUAACUGGCUAUGAUGCAGAUGUCAAAAUUUUAGGCUCCCAUUCAAAGAAGGUAGAAGCAAUUGUAAAAACAAUGCUUAUCAUAAAGAAGGAAGACCCAGAAGCAAAGGCUCUCAUAUUCUCUGGGUGGGAGAAGCUACUGGAGAUAUUGAGAACAGCACUCGUCAUGAAUGGAAUAAGUGUCCGACAGUUACAAUCAGGAAACCGAUUUCAGCAGUGCCUAGCAGAUUUCAAGAACAAGGAUUUACGAGUGGAUGCACUCCUCCUCCCUGUCCGUUCUGGUGCCAAAGGUCUUAAUCUUACAGAGGCCACACACGUUUUAUUGGUGGAACCAAUUCUAAACCCUGCAGACGAGUUGCAAGCUAUUGGUCGCGUGCAUCGUAUCGGGCAAAAAAAGAAAACUACGGUUCAUCGGUUUUUGAUACGAGGAACCGUUGAAGAGAGGAUAUAUGAAGCUAUGCAUAGUGGUGCCAAAGACUGGAGUGAUGACAGUAUUACUUUGAAUCAUCUUAUGGGGCUUUUCACUGAUGCUGAAGGUGCUGCAGCUGCUACAUCUGCAGCUGCUCCAUCUGUUGUCACUUUAGAUGAUGGUAAUGAUAAUCAGUCAAACAUAGUUCAAAUGAACAAUAAUGCUCCUAACUCUGCCCAUGGAUUUUCACACGAAAGGUAUGAGCAUGAACAGGAGACUGAACAAGUAGCUUCUUCACUACGGGAUACACCGUCAACAAGUGCUUUGUCACAGUCGGCAGAAAUGUUUCAGGAUGUAGUUCAAGAACAUGUCACUGAUUUACAGUGUGCAGGUAGCAGUAACAAUAGUGCUGGUGUAAAUGAUACUGGAACUAUGUUGGAUGUUGAUGAGAUAAACAGUUAUGAUCCUAUACCUGGAACCUCCCGUGACACAGGUCACCAUUUAGUGCAAAGUACAGUGGACAUUGUAAUGCCAGUUGGAAGUGUGCCAUCAACAAAUGACUCAUCAAUGGAAGAGGAAGGUAGUGCUUUGCAAGGUCUUGUUGAUGGCAUUUGAAGUGCAGCAAAAAGCACUUUGUUCCUUUAGUGAAUGAUUGUUGUAAAUCUUUCUACAAUCAUUUUGUAACUUGCGGUUGUGUCUGAGAUAUGUGUUAGAGUGUAAGAAGCGAUUUGGAACUGAGUGUCAGGAAUUUCUUACAUUGCUACUUACUUUUGAUUAGUAACACAUGCAUUUUUAUAUAAUUUAUCAAUAACCUUUUGAACUCUGGCUCAAAAAUGUUGUGUGUAUGGGGA